GAAAAGCCACAAUAACAAGUAAAUAUUUAACAAGAUUAUCUCGUUCUUGACCUUACUAACCUAUCGCAUUGAUUUAAAUUUAAACGUACUGCUACCCGGUUCAAAAAGCUGCAAGAAAAAACCGUAAUUACAGAACCGGACUCCACUAUUUCAUUUCAACAUAAACUUACAUAACUAAUAAAAUUUAACAAGUAGCGCGUGUAUUGUAACACGAACGUAAAUUUGUAAUAACGAACUGUAAAAAAUCGAAAACGAGGGGGCGAAUUGUACGCGUAAUAAUCGAUUUUAAUAGGGGAGUUAAAGCCGGCGCUGCAUUUAUUACGUUACCAAAUGAAAUUAGAUUAUUCAACUGCUCAACUGUACAUGGUCAAGCUAUAAAGUGACUCGCUUAAUUGAAUUAAAGCAGUCGAUACACAAAGCGUCUAGAAACGGUACUCUUCGAAUAUAUCUAGUAAAAAAUGUCGAGAUUGUAUAUCGGAUUGUUGGUGGCAUUCUGCUUUAUGGGAUACGCGGAAAUGCAUUCCUAUCACCUAGGGACAUGCCCCACCAUAGAACCCAUGCCGGACUUCAACAUGAACAGGUUGCUGGGUAUCUGGUACGUGAUAGAGAAGACCAGCACCGCUAGUAGUUGCAUCGUGUAUAACAUCAGCAGGACGGACGAGCCGGGUCAGUACCAAAUCGAGGAGAUCAGCCAGCAUUUCCUGCUGGCGCUGACGCCUUUGAAGCACGGGUACCACUACAGGGGGACGCUGAAGGUGCAGGACAAGGCGGUGCCCGGCAGGAUGUGGGUGAAGUUCCCUCUAAGCGUUGCCGGUUCGUCUAGUUUCACAGUGUUCAUGACAGAUUACGAAAAUUACGCGGGGAUUUUCACGUGCCAGAAAUUAGCGUUCGCUCACAGGCAAUCCGCCACGAUUCUAUCUAGAACCAGGAGCUUAGACGACAUCUACAUCAACAAGAUCCGCAAUAAGCUCCAAAGCGCCGAAAUCAGCCCGUUCGAUCUCUCCAUCAUCAAGCAAACGGACUGCCCGAAGGACCCCAACGCGGGGUACAACAUCAACAUCAACGACGAGACGAUAUCGGCGCACGCCGCCGCCGAUGUGAUCAGGAAGGCGGGCGAGAAGAUCGGCGACGGCGUCGAGUACGUGGCUGGUAAGGCGAAGGCGGUCUACAACAAGGUGUCCGAUAGCGAAGGAGUCCCGAAGCCGGCCAAGCAAACCGCCGAUCCCGAUGCGGAGUGGUUGCCUUGAACGUAAUUUUAAUACUAUUUUUAUAUAAUGAGAAAGACUGUUAAUGUUACCUUAGUAAGUGAAAUAAAGGAUUACUAUAAAUUAUUGUUAUAUUGACGCGUUUUUACAAUUAGUGUGUGAGUUUGGGUUGUAACUUAAAUAUGUUUUGGCCGGUUUUCGGCGCUCCUUUUUAACGCAAAU